AGCAAGCGGCGAACAGACACAACAUCGAACUGGAACCCUGCGGACAUCCCCCUGCGAGAUCGGAAGGCAAAAUUAGCUCGGAGUGCAGUGUGAGUUGUGAAGCUAGUUAGCCACCGUCGACAGACUUUCCAGACCGGAAGAUCCAAUCAGUUUGGUGCGCAAAAGUACGCUGCGAGAAGUAAACAGUCAGAAUUAAUCUGGUGCAAGUUUUCGGUGCAAAGUGACCAAUCUGGUGCCCCCGGUGUGUGCUAUAAAGUACAAAGUGUGUGUGAUCAAGCGGCAUAAUUUUCGUCAUCAAAAUACGCACGGUGCACGGGUACGGUAAACUUCCGUGCGGGUGCUGCUUUUAGCUACGUGAUAACGAACCCAAAUCGUGACCGGCGAUUUUUCGGCAUUUUGUACCGAUACUGCUAUUGUAAUUCGGACAAGUAAUCCGACGCGACGACAAUGUGGAAGUUCAUUGCCAACGUGUUUAUGCUGAUGGCGACGCUGGCGGCGGCGCAAGACUCGACUCAUUCUUAUGUCAUGCAGUGCAAACGAUCCGAUCCGGAGCUAAUCACCUGUCUGAAAGGCGCUCUCCAUCACCUGCGGCCGUACCUUGCAAUGGGAAUCCCCGAUAUCAAGCUCCCACCCGUAGAGCCGUUCGUCAUGGAUCAGCUCUCGCUGCAGCUGACCGGAGGACCCCAAGGUUACAGAAUAAAUCUGAAGAACAUGGAAGUCUACGGUGCCAGUAACUUCACCGUCAAAAACAUCAAACUCAGUAGUGGCGAUGAACCAUUUGAGGCCCGGCUAACCAUUCCGAAGCUGGUGAUUCACGCGAAGUAUACCUCUAGCGGAGUUCUGAUUAUUAUUCCUGCCAGCGGGGCCGGCGAUUUCGAUGCCGUUUUCGAUGGCGUCACUGCCGACGUGAAAGGUUAUGUAUCGUUCAACGAAAAACCGACCGGUACUCAUAUGCGUGUCGAAAAUCUGGACCUGAAUUUGAACAUCAAAAAGCCACGUCUGAGUGUUUCGAAGAUCUUCAACAACAACCGAAUCCUAACUGAGGCAACCAAUUUGUUCCUUAAAGAGAACGGCAAUGAGGUGCUGCGUGCUCUCCAACCGCAGCUGCAGAAGAAACUGUCCGCCGAGUUCAUGGGAAUCUCCAACCAGCUGCUGGAGAACGUUCCCCUGAAUUCCUUCAUUGUUGACUAAUAGUUUUGUGAUAUUGUUCCAAUUUUUGUUCGGCAUUUCUUUGUUUCGUUAUGAGUAUGUACAUUCGGUUAUUUGAAGUGUUAGUGUAGUAUAAAACAAGUAGAUUAGAUCUUGCCCCUCAUUGUUUCAGAAGAUGUAGACAUCAAACAUUGUUAGAGAAUCGCAAACGAAUCGUUGAUCGAGGGUUACUUAUAAGUAGUUUGUAUUCCUGGCAUGAAUUCUGGUUAAAACAAAAUAUGCAUGCCUUACUAGUUCCAUAGCAUCAUCCAGAGACAAAAUUAGAUUGGGGUUAAGAAUGUCUAUACAGGAAGGAAACUUAUCAGCCGGAAAACUUCUCUUUAGCAACAGUACAGUACACAGCUUCCCAGUAUUUGUACGUAGUUUUAUGCGCUUAGAAAAUACAUUUUUUAAGAACAA